UUUGGAUACACUCUCAACAUGAGGAUCUUACUGCUGGUGAUUCCAGCACUUUUGCUGGCGUCAACGCAAGCGCGGAAGGUCCAGCUACGGCCACGCAUACAGGAAACGCAGUUGUACUACGAGGACGAGGAAGCUCAGCCAGCCGAGGCAGAUGAUUACGCCUCGCAGGUAGCCUAUCAACCUCGUACCCGCGCGUUACCUUCAUCUCGCUCCAAGGACACGCUUCAGGGCUCAAAGCCACCCCCAGUCCAGACGAUCCGCAACUACAACAAGGUCAAUGACGACGGCUCCUUUACCUUCGGCUACGAGGCAGCCGAUGGUUCCUUUAAGGAGGAGACCCGCGGCACGGACUGCGUGGUGCGUGGCAAGUACGGCUACAUCGACCCCGAUGGCAACAAGCGUGAGUUCACCUACGUCUCCGGAAACCCCUGCGACCCUAACGCCCCUAAGGAUGAGGACGAGGAGGAUCUAGCCAAAAAGCAAGAACCCGACGAUAUCUCAGGUCCAGCAAACUACCCAUCAGUCAGGCCCGUGAGCUUGAGGCCCGUGAGGCCAAAUAGCAACAGCUACCCCUCGACGACUGCCAAGGCGCCCACUACGAUAUUCCAGAGCGAGUACCAGCUGGUGGAUGACGACGCCAGCCAAGAGCUUGAAGAGGAGCCUACUAAGCCCCAGCAGCAGUUGCGACCCUCUGCCUUCCGCCGGCCUCAGUUCGUACAAGUUGUGGCCGAGCCUUCGUCCCCCCUGUACCAGUCACACUCGGCCACAACCAGUCCGACCCUCUAUCGGCUCGCCUCAACCGCAAGCGCACCCCGUUACAACUCAGCCACGAGUCCCGCGCCGCCCACACGCCAGUCCACCUACUAUCACCAGCCUAUAGAAACGAGCACACGCGCGGCCCCCGUGACUCGCGCCCAGCACCAAUCGGUGGCAAUAACACCCCGGCCGCACGUGGCCCAGGUAGCUGCCCAGUACGUCUCACCCAGUAGCACUGAGAGACCCGGCGUUGUAUUUGCACCUCGCACCGUCACCCCCGUACACUCCACUACCACAGCCACGACACCCAGCCAGCACCUCGACUUUGUAGCCGAGCUCGAACGAUACGUCAACUCAGUGGGCAGUCCCACGCCCCGACCCCAGGUUGUCCAGCCGCAGCAUCAUUCGAGGUUUGUCAAGCCAAACACUUCCCUGUCGCCGCAACAGCUCUCGUCGUCCGCUCGGCCCGAUCCCAUCUACCAAUCCGAAUUAGUCUACGACCCCCAGACCGGUCAGUACAACACUCAGCUCUAUCAGACACUGCCGCAAACCCUCGGCGAUUUCAGCCUCAAUCACAAGCUCCAACCGUUCGUAGCCACAGCCCAGCAGCCCCUGCUCAGCCUGCAGCAGAGCCCGAUUUACCGCUCAGCGGCCUCCGUGCCCCAGCCCGCUCAACAGCCCGCGCCCCAGCUUCAGCCGAGGCGGCCACCACCCCAGCCUCAAGAGGCCGUAUUCCGCAAGCAACAGAGCCAGCUUCUCCAACAGUCUCACCAGCUCUACGCUCAGCAGCAGCGCCGUCAACAGCAGCAGGCCCAGCUGGUCAAGCCUGCGGCUCAGAAACAGGCCCAAAAGAUACAGUUCCUCCAGGAGGCGCCUCGCGAUGGCCAAAACUUUUACUACAUUGCGGCGGCGGCGCCGCAGGGCUCGCCUGAGGCCGCCGCCGGGCCGAUCUCCAUCGGACAGAUCGACCAGUUCCUCCGCGGUGGCUUCUGA